CGUUCAUUCGCUUAGUGUAGUGCUUCACGAGGUAGUGGUUUUCAUCGCGCCCAAAAUCGCAAGAAUCAAACGCAACCGAAUUCUAGCAAAAUGGCCUCAUUCGAUCGUACGCUCGUGUUUGGUGCUCUGGUGCUGUGUGCAGUGUGCAGUCUUGCUUGUGCGGCCGAUGCAACGACCGGUGCGGAUAGCAGUUUUGAUGCCGAUAUGAUUGAGGGACGCACGUUUGGACAUCACUUCCUGAAGCGCAUCAGCUUCGCCAUGAUUCCGGCCGCGUUCGUCGUCGGUGUCAUCACCACCCUGCUGUCUGCCCUGACCGUGGUCUCGAUGAAGGGUUUGGGUGUCGGUGUAAUUCUUCUGGUGCUUACCAUCUCGCAAGUAAUUGCCAGAAGCUUCCCGGCCCCACUGCCACCACCAGUCCCGGUGGCUUACAGUGCACCCGCUCCCGCACCCAUUCCCCUCGUCUACAAGGAUUGGUAGAAGACGUCCGGAAGUCCUCCCCUCUUAGUGCCCUAGCUUAAGCGUAAUGAACUAUUAAUUUAUUUAUUUAUUUCUGCCAUACGGCGUGCCAUGGCGAACCGAUUCACGAUUUCACAGACCUUUGAAGCCCAGCCAAAUGUGGGCCAAACAAUGCACGAUCGCGUCGAUCGAUCGCACGAUUAAGCGAAUCUUACCACCGUCAAAACGCGUGACAAUAAAUUUCUCCGAAAUUAAAAA